GUCUGAUGACCCAAAAUACGCACGAAGAAGACGAGGCGCAUGCGCAGUGCAGUGGGUCACAAGCGGCUAUGUUUACAUCUGUUGAAAACAUUUAUCACUUUUUGGGUCCUUAUUAACGGCCUGCGACACCUGUGUCAGUUAAUCACUGCACACGAUGAGCACGGAGCCCGCUAGCCUGGAGAGCCUGCGUGUGCUGUAUCACAGUGAUGACUACAUUGUGGUGGACAAACACUGGGACAUCCGCAUCGACAGUAAGAUGUGGUACGAGAAGAACACCGUACAGGCACAGCUUCGCCAGCGCUUCCCUCAGCUGGCUGACCCACGCACCUACUAUGGAUUUCGGUUCUGUCAUCAGUUGGAUUUCUCCACAAGUGGAGCUCUUUGUGUUGCCCUGAAUAAAGCUGCCGCUGGCCGGGCUUACCGCUGUUUCAAGGACCGCACCGUGACCAAAUUCUACCUCGCUCUGAUACGUGGGGCGGUCGAAGGAGAGACGCACACUGUGGACUUCUCCAUCGGCAAGAACUCCACGGAGGGAAAAACACAUAUGAUGUGUGUUGAGGGAACAGAAGGUUGUGAGAACCCCAAGCCUUGCCAGACUGAGCUGACAGUGUUAGAAUAUGGGUUAUAUGACGGAGACCCUGUUACCAAGGUGCUGCUGCAGCCACUCACUGGUCGAACCCACCAGUUAAGGGUCCACUGCAGCGCUUUAGGCCACCCUAUUGUCGGGGACUUCACCUACAGCUCGGGAACAGACAACGCCCCGUACCGCAUGAUGCUGCACGCACAUCUCCUCCACAUUCCUCUCGAACCUCAGCCCCUGCGCGUCACUGCUGGAGACCCUUUUGUCCCAGCGGUUGAUCCCAAGUGGCUCCCGCAGCGCUCAUUACGGACACUAGAGGCCACUGUGGAGGCCCUGAUACACCGCAGGGAGGAGGAGGACAGGAAGAUUAAAAAGGAAGAGCAAGAGAGAGCGAGAAAAGAGGAGGAGGAUGAGAGGAGAAAACGAAGCAAGGGGCAGAGCACCGAGGAGGAGAGUGAGGAGCAGAGGAGACAGUGCCAGCAGUGGCUGAGUGAAUGGGCUGGAGAUUGAUUUAUUAUUAUUUUUAUUAUUAUUAUUAUUAUUAUUAUUAUUGUUAUUACUUUUUGUGGGCUUCACCGUCUCCUCGUGCAUGUUGAGCAUGCAUUUUAUUUGAGUGUCCACAUCUGUUACAUUUCAGCUGCAUCUUAGGAGGUGGUUUAGCUCCUUUACGUCCUCACAAACAAGUUCAAGUCACGAAAAGGCAUGUGUGAGCAUAGUUUAUGCUGCACUACUGGGAUGUCCACACUAUACCCACUGCAAGCUGCGAAACAAGUGCCUUGCUCAAGGUCAAGUUAAUAAGAGUUCCUUGUUGCUUUUUUAAUUUUAAUGUGCCAACAUUAUAAGAAAUUAGCCUUUUUCUGAACUACAAAAGCGGAUGUUAGUUUCUCCCAGAAAAAAGCUGUUUUUAAACUCGUGUGAUUGGUUAUUUAUGAUACAAAGCACUGACAUGCAUGAAGUCCCACAUGAAACUACUCAGCAUCCUGCCCGGGACUUUAACGUUUGUGGGAAGUUUUACAGCUUUAUGUCUGUUUUAGUCCAGUACAAAUACCCUCACUUGCCACUUUGUUAGGUACACCCAGUCAGCUGCUCAUUAAUGCAAAUAUGGGAUCAUGGGGGGGGGGGGGACAACCCACAUCAGAGAGUUCAGGUCAUCUCGCUGUACUCAGAUAGCCUCUACAGUCACCAGGUUUCAGUCAAAUGGUGAAUAUUUGCGAUGUGGUGGGAUGGGAAAUUUACAUCAUGGAUGUACAGCUGAAAAAUCUGCAUCAACUGUUUGAUGCUGUCAAUCAGUGUUUCCAGCACCUUGUUGAAUCAAUGCUGCGAAGAUUUAAGGCAGCUUUGGAAGCAAAAAUGGGCCCAAUCUGGUACUAGCAAGGUGCAUCUAAUAAAGUGGCCAGUGAGUGUACAGAGCACUGAUGUGGUGUACAAAGUGCAUCUGUCUGCUAUUUUUAAAAUGGCAUGAAAAAUAUCUAUUUUUCACACUAUUAUUCUACAAUUUGGGGGGAUUUUCCCCUUAUCAUCCCAUCAAGUACCAAAAACAAUAUUUGGAUUUUAAACUGGUAUAUAUGAUUAAAAACUUGGGAUCAGCUACAUUUAUGACUUUGAUCAAAAAGCAGGGUUUGAACAUGCCAAUAAAAUAAAGUACCUGGCUGCCUGA